UUCGAAGGGCGAGUCCGGGUAUGGCAUUGCCCAGUUUCUGAAAAGGAAAAGCGGGAAGACGGAAUUUUCGCCGAUUUCUGGACUCACAGGUUACUUAUAAGCAGCCAACAUGGGGAACGUGUUUGCGAAUUUAUUUAAAGGCCUCUUCGGCAAAAAGGAAAUGAGGAUAUUGAUGGUAGGAUUAGACGCUGCUGGUAAAACCACAAUUUUAUAUAAACUUAAAUUAGGAGAAAUUGUUACUACUAUUCCCACUAUUGGAUUUAACGUCGAAACUGUAGAAUAUAAGAACAUCAGCUUCACAGUGUGGGACGUUGGUGGUCAGGACAAAAUUAGGCCGCUAUGGAGACACUAUUUCCAAAAUACACAGGGCCUAAUCUUCGUAGUGGACAGCAACGAUAGGGAGCGUAUAGGCGAGGCGAAAGACGAGCUUAUGCGCAUGCUGGCCGAGGACGAGCUUCGAGAUGCCGUUUUGUUGAUCUUCGCGAACAAGCAGGAUUUACCGAACGCAAUGAACGCAGCGGAGAUUACGGAUAAGUUGGGACUGCACUCGUUGAGAAAUCGCAACUGGUAUAUACAGGCGACCUGUGCGACUAGCGGAGAUGGGUUAUACGAGGGUCUGGACUGGCUCUCAAACCAACUGAAGAAUGCCAACCGUUAAAAGUGCAGUGUUUGAUUAUUUUUCAUUUUUGUUCUGAAGCAAUCACAUAAAAAUUGUUGUGAUUGGGACUCUGUCAAUGUUACUAUACCAUAUGUUGCAAUUACAACUGUCACAUCCACUGUUUGUCGAACAUACUCUCUCUUAAUAAAUUCGUUCAACGUGGUUUGGAUUUUUUUCUAGGUAGGUAUGGCGGACAAACAGUCUCACCCCAGGCAUGGCACUUUUUCUGUCGGUAGUUUUUUUUAUUUAUAGCUUGUACAGUAGUUUCGCGUGAUGUUUUAUUUGUAACAUAUGGUAAGUUCCAUGUUCAUCAUAGGACGUCUUUUAUUGAGCACAGCUCAAAACAUUUUAUUGUUUACUUGCUGGUUAUUUUUCUUUCUUCCAUUAUCCGUCAUUCAUGUUUGAUAGCCGUUACUGAAGGUAGUUUUUUUUCAUUUUGACAAACAGCGGAGCGCAAUGGUUUAUAAAUAAAACAAAAUACAUAAAUAAAUAUUGGCUGAUCAGUCUCGUCAACAUUCCCGUUUGUCAUCAUACUGUAUUAUGAAAUAAAUUUAUAUUAUUAACUUAUUGUCUAUAAUUUAAUAAAUUUUAAUCAACAUGUUUUCUUUUAUUAUUACGUUUCAAAGACUCUAACACGAAACAUGUUAAUUAAAAUCUGUGUUUGGAGAUCUGCAACAACUAUUGGAAUUCUGUACAAUGGUGGAAAACGAAUUUGUUUUCAGCUAAUAUAGUUAGUUAAUAUUAAUUACUGAAACUAUUUUAGGUAUCGCUUUUGCGAUUAUGUAUGAAUGUCAAUCAUGUGAAAUAUAUUGUAUUGUGCUUGAUUGGUAAAA